UUUAUCAAUUAAAUUUAAGUAAAAUUAAUAAUAUAUAAUAAUUAAAUAUAUAAUAAAAAGUAGUGUUUAGUAUUUUUGUUAAGUGUUUUGUUUCUAAAUAAAAUAAUAAAAAAUUCAAUUGGGACGUCUCUUGUCUACGCCCCUUGUUUGUCGCGUUUUAACAAAAAAAAAUUGAAAAGAAAUUAGAAAAUUUCAGUGAAAAUAUGAAAAAUAUUAAAUAAAAAGUGGAAAAAGUGGUGAAUUAUUCUAUAUAAUUAUUAAUUUUAAGACGUCUAAUGAAAUAACUUGCACACUUUUUCCACACUAUCAAUUUUUCUUGCCCAAAAAUAAAAAAAAUUAAUAUAAAAUAAACCAAAGUAAAACAAAAAGAAGGAAUUUGUUCCAAAGUGAAGAUAAAAAUUAAUAAAUUUACCAACAAUUUAUUAAUUUACAUCUCUGAAAAAUUAAUUGAACAGAUAGCCAUACAACAUGCAGCACCAUUCUAUGCCUCCCCGGCCACAACACAUGCGACAUCCUCCAAUGCAUCAAGGCCCAAUGCACUCAGGACAUCCUCCACCACCACCACAUAUGGGAAUGAAUAUGGGCAUUCCACCACAACAACAACAGUCACUUCACAUGCCAAAUGGGGCAGCAAGACGUGGACCACUUCCACCACAGCCAUAUGUCAUGCCACACAUGAGAGAUCAAAAUAGAUUGGGCCACCAUCAACACUCACAACAACAGCAUCAACUUCCAAGAUUAAACAAUCAAAUGCAACAAAAUCAAAUGCAACAUCACAAGGGAAGACCGCCUCCUCAUGUUGGUGGCGCUGGAGUUGCCUCUGUUGGUCCAUUAAAAUAUCAAAAUGGACAAAAUAACGGUCCUCCUCCAACUUUGAUGAGAAAUAAUUCACAACAAUCUCACCAAGCACCACAAUCAAGACUUCCUGCGCAACAACAACAACAACAACAGCAGCAACUUCCUGUUGUUGCAAACCAGGUUCAAAUAUUAAAAGGACCACCGCCAUUAGAACAACAACAGCAACAUCAAAUGCAACAUGGACAACAUCCAAAAAUAAAUUCAUGUCCACCGCCACCAUCUCAUAUAAACAACCAACAACAAAUUCCUCAUUUAUCUCGACCUCCGCCAGUUCAACAUGCGCAACAAUUCCGACAGCAACAUCCACAUAAACCAAUUCCAGUUGUUAAUCAUGGCAUACCAGCAGAGCAGCAACAACAACAGGUACAACAACCACUACAACAGCAGCAACAACGUGCAUCCCAAAAGUUUUCACAUCCCAGGUCGAUUCUACAGAACCCCAAUAGGAGUAGUCAUCAUCAUAAGAACCACAUUCCUCUAAAAACUCCGCUGCCUACAGUCUCAGAGGUUGAAAUUCCUAUUAUAACUUCAGUAAAACCAUCUUUAACUUCAUCAGAUAAACUAUCUGCAACAGCUGAAGAUUUUACUCCUAAGAGUCUGGAAAAGAAACAACCCCCUGUAGAGAACAAAGAUGGUGAAAGUAAUUCCUUAAUACCUGAAUUUAUGUCCGUGGUCAUGAAAGGAGAUGGUGUCUUUCAAACUACAAAAGAAAAGACACCCAUGUGCUUGGUAAACGAAUUGGCUCGUUUCAACAAAAUACAACAUCAAUACCGUCUCACGAGUGAAAAUGGACCCGCACACUGUAAACGUUUCACAGUCACUUUGAAAUUAGGCGAAGAAGAAUACUCAGCGGAAGGAUAUAAGAUCAAAAAGGCCCAACACAUAGCUGCUGCAGAGGCAAUAAAAAAGACUAAAUAUAAGCAUCCACUUCCAAAAACUCGUCGUCCAGAAGAGUCUAGUCUUCGUACUACAAUCACACCUACUGUCGAACUAAACGCACUUGCAAUGAAACUCGGUCAACAGACGUACUACGUCUUUGAUCCACGCACACCUCAAGAUCUUCCAAAUCGAGAUCCUGCUAAUGCUAAUGGUCAAUAUGGUCAGCAAGGGCCUAAUGGUCCACCGCACAACAAUACACGAUUAUCAAGAAAAAUUGAAUUUGUGUCAGGAGGAGGACAGCAGCCACAACAACAAAUAAUGGCUCGUUUUCCUCCUGGAAAACCAAAAUAUCCUGGACAAAUUCCUUCAGUAAAUGGAGUUUCACCGCACUUUGCAAAUGCUCCACCCCCAGAACUUUGUAAAAUCACCCUAAUUGUUGGGAAACAAAAGUUUGUUGGGAGUGGUAGGACGUUACAGUCGGCUAAACAUGACGCGGCAUCAAGAGCCUUGCAAGUUCUGAGAACGCAAGCGGCAAAUAAAUUUAAAGAAAUCCUCACACGAACUGCCAAGGAAGGUGAAUGGAAGUCACCAAUAUCUCUAGUCCACGAGAUUGCCAUCAAACACAAUCUCGGUGUAGCAUUUAAGGUUUUACGUGAAGAGGGUCCAGCACACAUGAAAAGUUUUAUUACAAUUUGUGAAGUUGGAGACAUUGUUACCGAAGGUGAUGGCAAUGGCAAAAAAGUCUCGAAAAAGCGUGCUGCCGAAAAGAUGCUGGAGGAGUUGAAAAAACUUCCUCCACCUUCGCCAUCUAACUCGCCGCCAGUGAAACGAAUUAAAGUUAAAAGUUUCAAACGGAAAACAUCACCAACACCGAGGAAGAGGAACUCAAUCAGAGAAAAAACCGACAGUGAAUGCGCCGAAGAUACAAAUCCGAUAUCGCGAUUAAUUCACAUUCAGCAGAGUCGCAAUGAAAAAGAACCCACCUACGAGUUGAUCUCAAGGAUAAGUGAAUCUAAAAAAAGAGAAUUUGUAAUGGAAGCAACUGUACCGGGGCAGGUUGCUCGUGGAUCUGGUAUAACUAAAAAGUUGGCCAAACGAAAUGCUGCGCAGAAUCUACUGAUUGCAAUGGGAUUCGAAGUAGCUGUAGACAAUGAAAACGAAAAUGAAAAUGAAGAAAAUAAUAGUCAAGUUGCGAAUAAAAAUCCAGACGCAAAACCUGUUCGAAAAGUUAAAUUUAGUGAAAACAACAAUUCGAAUGAAACUUUAAAUGCAAAUUCUGUUUCUCCUAAUGGAACUGGCGGACCAUCGGGAAGACAGAUUGUACCUGGGGUUAUUUUAUUACGACAACAUAGUAAAGAUUCUGAUGAAGUGGAACACACGGAAGAUGCUGAAGCUGCAGCAUCAGUAAACACACCAAAAGCAUCUUCACCACCGGCGCAGAAGAAAUGUUCAUUACCUACUGCUGGAACAUCUGUUCGACCUAAGGAUCAGCUUUUGUACUUAGCCCAAAUUCUUGGUUUUCAGGCAAACUUUUCAGAUUAUCCCAAAGGCAAUCACAAUGAGUUUCUCACCAUUGUCACAUUAUCGACAGCACCGCCACAAAUUUGUCAUGGUGUUGGCUUGAAUAUUGAAGAAUCUCAAGAUCAGGCUGCUUCUGCUGCACUACAAAUUCUUAGCAAAUUAGGAUUGGAUAACAUCAAACCAACACCAGCAGAUGAUUAAAAUUAUAGAGAAUCCUAGUGAAAUUGUCCUCAAUCUAUUUAUUAAAAAAAAAAAACACCCACAAAAAACAAAAAGUGAUUUUGGUCCAAGAAAAAGAUUCCCCUCUCCAUUAUCUACAAUAUUUAUUUAUCUAAUUAUUCUAAUUCAUAGUUAUGUUAUUUAUUAAUUAAUUAUUUGUUAUUUUGUUUAAAGCCAAGUUAUUAGUUUUUUUUUUUUCUUUUGUUUUCAACAUUAUGUCCCGUCCAAUUGAAUUAAAAAAAAAUAAUAAACAAACUCUAAAAUGUACAUUGAGAAUCCAAAUAAAUUGUAAGAUUAUUGCUGAUUGGGCGACAAUUUCCAUUAAAGUGAAAUUUAAUAUCUCACAUCAUGUAAGCACACGAAAUUAUUUAUUCUUCCUAUAUCAUCAAACAAAACUGCAAUACUUACACCUUUUUUGUUGUAAAUUUUAAUUUUAAAAAAUGAAAUAAAAAAAAAUUUGUUAUGCGAACAAAAAACUAAACGAAAACAUUUUUAUUAUUUAUUUA